GAAGCAAGUGCCCUCCUCACCACACAACCUCACCUGUGCCUCGAUGCCGCGCAGCAGUGGUACAGAAGGAGCCGUUCAGGCCCCACAUCACUUCGUUUUCGGUGGAUUUCUUGUCCUCGUCGAUGGCGUUUCCAAGUGAAAUUCUCUCGUAAACACCAUUAAGAGUUAUGUCCCCAUUCGCCAGGUGAAGGCGCUCCGUCGCUGGGUUUACCAUUCCUCCCGUUCGGUGUUUAUGUCUCUUACCAGAGACAUUGACACUGAAGCAUGUGAUAAAAUACCAUCAGUUUAAUACUCUAAAACAAGCAGCAAACUCGUUUUUGGGAGGUUCUGAGAUUUUCCCACUUCAAAGAUGAGUGACCUCAGCGACAGUGACUCGCAGGAUGAUGAAACACACAGAAUUAUAUCGAAUAAUGAGAAACUGCUGCAAGCUUCCCGCAAUGGUGAUAUUGAUGCGGUGAAAUUGUUGAUUGUAGAAUUGAAUGAUGGAAAAAUUGAGAUGGAUCUUAACUGUAAAGGUACGCGAAGAUCGAACCGGGGCUGGUCACCAUUACAUCUUGCCGCUUACUUUGGACACACGGAGGUUGUCAAACAACUUUUAGAGGCUGGUGCCAACUUUGAUAUCCAGAAUGACAUGGGAGACACACCAUUACACCGAGCUGCCUACACUUCACGAGAGGAUGUUGUAAUGUUAUUGCUGAGCCAUGGCGCCAACAUCUCCACUGUAAAUACAGAAGGUCACACCCCUAAGUCAUUAGCUUCAGCUCAAGUAAAGCAUUUAUUAGAAGCUUCAGAGAAAAGUGAUUCUCGAAGACUCGUCAAUGAAUUCAUGUCAUCUUCACUUCACGGUCAGAUCGACGACAUCAAAGGAAUUUUGAACCAAAACAAUGCUCCAGACAUCAAUUCUGUUGAUAAGUUCGGUAACACAGCCCUGCACCUAGCUGCACUUCGCAAUCACAAGCAAGUUGCCAUCCUUCUUCUCCAGUAUGGCAUCGAUACAUCACUGAAGAACAACAAUGGUCAGCGUGCUGUUGAUUUAACCACUUCCCCCAACAUGAAACACCUGUUAAAUGUGCGACCAGUGCAGGACAUUCCAGUACAGUCAGUCCGACAAGAAGGUCCUAUUCUUAAGAAAACCAGAUUUUUUGGUUUCAAAUCCCUCUGGAUGGUCUUAGAAAAGGGCAUUGUUUCUUAUUUCAGUAACAGAGGUGAUGCCAGCACUGGUGCUUGCAGGAAAGGCAUGAAGUAUUUGGACCAUGCAACAGUCGAGACAUUUGAAAAUUUGCCGGCUCAGUUCAAAAUUAAAUUUUCAGAUGGGACAUCACACACUUUGUCAGUCGGUCCACAGGCAAACAGUUUACUAAAACAGAUGUGGCUGGAUGCUUUUAAAGAACACAUUGAUUACACAAAUCAUUACAUGAACCAAGGCAUUUGCACAAGUGAUGAAGAGAAAGAUGAUUACAUUGGAAACCUACAAGAGUCACUAAUGUCUGUCCAUGCUCAUCAAGAAGUUCUGGAGCAACUCCUUUCAUCUGUAACAACACAACUCUCCAAAGAUAUAAAAGACCAAUCACCAACUCACAAAACUGACUUUUUGAUGUCUGUCUACCAAACAUUCCAUGAACUCCUCGGCACUUCUCGGGAAAUGUACACAGCCUUGGCCCACAGUAUGAAGUUACUGACAAAUCAAGAACUGGUGGUCGAGGCCCAGCUGAAGGAAGAGAAAGAGAAAUCCCGAGUCCUUGAGGAAGCACUGCAUGCUUUAGCAACAGAACACCAUGAACUGGAGUGUAGCUUCAAUGCCAACCAAUAUCCUUCUCGCUUCUACGACACAGACGACGAUGAAUUCUAUGACUGUGAUACUCAGAGUUUAGCCACUUCUGAUGAUUACAUGUCUGUGUUGGAUGAUCCCAUGAACCUAAGCUUCAACCAGUUACCAAGUCUACCUUCAACUUACAACACACGCAACAGCCAAGCCGUGUUUGAAUCUUUGAAAAACUCACUCCCAGGCAAAGACGAUGCCAAUGAGCAACUUGUAUAUAAAUAUCGAACUAGUCUUCCAAAACCAAUGUUCUCACGCAAUGAUUUCAGUAUAUGGAGCAUACUUAAACAAUGUAUCGGAAAGGAACUCUCCAAAAUGACAAUGCCUGUUAUCUUUAAUGAACCUCUAAGCUUGUUGCAACGUAUGGCAGAACAUAUGGAAUAUGCAUAUCUGCUAGAGAAGGCAGGAACUGCAACAGAUCCCGUCGAACGCAUGCAGUAUGUGUGUGCCUUUGCUGUGUCUUCAAUGUCAUCAAAUUGGGACAGAUUAGGAAAACCUUUCAACUGUCUACUUGGGGAGACUUUUGAAUUACAAAGAAACGACCUUGGUUUCCGUUUGAUCUCUGAACAAGUCAGCCAUCAUCCUCCCAUCAGUGCAUUCCAUGUAGAAUCUGACCUGUUCCAAUUUCACGGAUCCAUCCAUCCCAGAUUAAAGUUUUGGGGAAAAUCAGUUGAAGUCAACCCGAAAGGAGUUAUUACCCUUGAACUUACCAAAUUUGGUGAAGUCUACACAUGGUCUAAUGUCAACUGCUGUGUACAUAAUGUAAUUGUGGGGAAGCUUUGGGUUGAACAUUAUGGUGUAAUGGAGGUAUUGAACCAUAAAACCAAACAUAAAGGUGUGCUCACAUUUAAACAAAGUGGCUGGUUUGGCAGAGACUUACACAAAGUAGAAGGAUACAUCUACAAUGCAAGUAAAACCAAAGUGAAAGCUCUCCUUGGUAGCUGGGUGCAAGCUUUGUAUGCCGUUGAUGUAAGCACUUACGAACAAUUUUUGAAAACUCAAAAAUUUGACUCCUCAGCUGACAACCCUACAGUUUUGUCUAGGAAUGGCAUCAGCGGUGAGGAUACUGGCGUCAGUGGUGGGGCUGCGGCUGCUGCUAAUAGCGACACAGACGACAUUCCUGGUGUUCUUCCAAAUGCUGAUCCUGGUAUACCAGGACAAGUUCUUCUCUGGAAAGCGUUUCCAAGACCAGAAACCACAAAUCAGUUCUUCAGUUUCACACUGUAUACCAUGAUGCUGAAUGAAUUGACGGAUAACCUCAAAGACAGGUUACCACCAACAGACUCCCGUCUGCGGCCUGACAUUCGUCUAUUGGAACAAGGAGACAUCGAUGGUGCCGCUAUUGAGAAGAAUAGGUUAGAGGAAAAACAAAGAGGUCACCCAAUACGUUCAGUGAAGGUGUUUGACACUGCUGCCAUGGAGAAGAACCGGCUAGAAGAGAAACAAAGAUCAGCUCGCCGAGAACGGAAGAAAAAGAAAGAAGAAUGGACGCCUGUAUGGUUCCACUAUGGUACCCACCCGACCACUGGUAAAGAAGACUGGCUUUUCAACAAAGACUAUUGGCAGCGUGAUUGGUCAAGAUGUCCAGAUAUAUUCUGACCAUCCCUCAUUCUUCAUUCUCCAUCUUUUCAAUUUAGUCUAAUGUUUAUUCAAUAACAGUUCAAUAUGCAAAUUGAUUUCCACUGAAGGAACGACCAUUGUUUUGUCUUCUUUGGUUGGUGGGUACAGUGCAGAUUGCAUCAACAUGUGGGCCCACACUGCACAGUUGCAACAUGUCUGUUGUUUUCCACAUGUUGCAGUGGAGUUUACUGCACAAGAUUGUCAGCCCACCCUGCUAUUGUACCCCACCCCAUCUCUUACUUGGACUUGAAACACAUCACCACAUAUGCACUGUACAGAUAUUGAAACGUAAUUUGGUGAGUUAAUGAUGGUUAUUUAAUUAGCAACACAGUGGAUGCAUCACUCAGUGGACACAAUUCACAACACACACACACA